UUUAUUUCUCGAUAUGGAUCUACUCUGCCCGGAGUGUUGACGUGUUUAGACUCACGCACGUUUUUUCAAUUUCCAUAUUUUUCGUGUUCGACCAGUUUGGCUUCCAUUAACUUUCGGAGUGUUGUAAUAAGGUUAUUGAGGAUCUAAACGGAGAAGACUAUCCAGCGAGUGAGUUCAUCCACUUCUUCUUCUUCUUCAUCCACGUCCUCAGUUUACAGACUCCUCGGUGGUCUGCUGGGUUCUCCGCGAUGCCGCUGUCCUCGCAACACUCUGCAUGGCUGAAGUAUCUGUCUCUGGGGGUGCUGGUGCUGCAGACCACCUCCCUGGUGCUCACCAUGCGCUACUCUCGCACCCUGAAGGAAGACGGCCCCCGCUACCUGGCAUCUUCCGCCGUGGUGUCGGCCGAGCUGCUCAAGAUCCUCGCCUGCACCCUCCUCGUCUUCAAGGAGAACAAUUUCAGCGUGCGGCUGCUGAAGGAGGAGAUUGUUAACAAGCCAGUGGAGACCCUGAAGUUGGCCAUUCCUGCAGGGAUCUAUACUCUGCAGAACAAUCUGCUCUAUGUUGCCUUAUCCCACCUGGACGCGGCCACCUAUCAGGUCACGUACCAGCUGAAGAUCUUCACAACAGCCCUGUUUUCCGUCUCUAUGCUGGGGAGGAGGUUGGGCUUCUACCAGUGGCUCUCUCUGGUCUUCCUGAUGGCAGGAGUCACCCUGGUGCAGUGGCCGACAGAGUCUGAAGGGGACACCGAGCAGAAGGUCCUAUCCGCAGUGUCCCAGUUCGUGGGACUGAUGGCUGUGCUGAUGGCCUGUGUGUCCAGCGGCUUUGCUGGAGUUUACUUUGAGAAAAUCCUCAAGGAGACUAAACAGAGUGUGUGGGUCCGUAACAUACAGCUGGGUUUAUUUGGCCUUGUGUUUGGCUUAGUAGGAAUGUUGGGGUAUGACGGCCAGAAGGUGAGAGAGUUGGGCAUGUUUCAGGGCUACAACACCAUCACCUGCACAGUCGUUGCCCUGCAGGCUCUGGGCGGGUUGGUCAUAGCAGUUGUCAUUAAAUAUGCAGACAACAUCCUUAAAGGAUUCGCCACCUCCCUGUCCAUCAUCCUGUCCACACUUAUUUCAUAUUUCCUGUUGGAGGACUUCAUUCCUACACGGUUAUUUUUCCUCGGGGCACUGCUGGUUAUUGCUGCCACAUUUCUCUACAGCUACGAGCGCAAACCUGCUAAUGGCAGCACCAUCAAAGUAUAAACAGAGACCUCUGUUAAGUCUCACCCUGACAGAAGGGACGACAGAAAACCGACAGAAAACCGAGCAGGACUCAGUGACUGUGCCACGCAGAAAAUACAAAUAUGGUGUCUUCUUAAACUUCUUAAAGUCAAACAAUUGCAGGGGAAGGCUGCCAAUCACUCCUGAGAAAAUGCUGCUAUGAACGGAAUAUGGGGGACAAAAAUACAUACUUGUCCUUUGUAGAAGUAUCAAGUAAAGGAUGUUCCCUUUAAAUACUUACAGGAGUACAGUGGAGCUACCUUUCUCUUUCCACAAGACAUUGUCGCAGUAAAACUGCUUUCUAUUUCAUUUAGGAGGAGACUUUGAUGAAACCAUGUGCUUGUGGAUAAUUGGAAGCCAUUUAUUUACAGUUCAAUAGUCUGGAUAUGUAAUUGUGUGUUAUGGGAUAUGGGGAAAGAAGGGUAUUUGUUUAAGAAAAGGGGCCGAUAGACAGUGCAGACAGCGCCUCAAGUCAGAGAGAAGAAAAGUAACUCCUCCACGCAGCUUCCAUCUAGUGGUGAAAUGAGGAGCAAACUUGCAGCAAACGGGAAGGGUUACCUUUGGUCAGAGAUGCUGUAUGUAUUUUUUUUAUAUGAGAUGGGAUGAUAUGGGAUGUAACUGAUUUGACCUCACUGCUUACUGUCUCUGAGUAUUUAUAUCAGAAGCAAUAAUUUAAUCAAGCUGUUAUUUAAAUGCAAAAUUGAUGGAAAAUAAUGAAUAAACUAAGGCACAUUUUAAUGCUGAAGCGA